UGCGCUUUCGAUAUCGUCUUCUUCUUCUUCUCUCAUCGAACAUCCUCUUAGGGUUUGCAGUCAUACACUCUCUGCUUUCAGCGGCGCUCAUCGAUAAUUCGCUACCUCACGAUAUUACGGUGUCAAGGUCUCGUUGUGUUUUUUUUUGUGUGUGUGUUCUAUAUGGUUAAUGCUACUGGUCUGGGAUGUCCAACAACCUGGUUUCAGAGCCGUUACCAAGCAUGCAGAUGACUCAGUUGGAUCCCAUUGGGAAUAAAGUUGAUUCAUCAGGGAGACAGAUGGAAAUGGGACUCUUGGGUCCUGUAUCCAGUGAUCCUAUGUCACAGCAACAGUCAUCCUCAAAUGAUCAUGUUGGAUUAUUGAGAGCCUCGCCUAGGGAACCCAGGUCUCAGGGCUUACCCCUUUCAAUCGUGCAAAGUGGGCAGGUAGAAGCGCAAGUAAGUAAUCUGGGGCCACAGCAACUGCCAACAACUCCCAAGAGGAAGGCGCCAAUGGAACAAUUGUCCGGUAGCUCCAUGACAUCUAGCAAGCGAGUUGCUCAAAUGGGACACAGACCUUGGUUGCAGCAAGUAUCUAAUGCAUCAAACAAAGGUUCUCCACAGAUGCAAUCCUUGUCAAGUGCCUCCAGGCCCCAACAUUCAGCAGCAUCUAGUAAGAGAAAAACACAGAUGGAUUCGACUUCCAGUAAAUCUGGGACUCCUCGGUCCUUGAAUUCUAAAAGUCCGAAUACCCUGAUGAAACAAUCCUCCAAGGUUCAAACUGAAUCAUCUGAAAGUGUUAGGUCCAAGAUGAGAGAGUCAUUAGCUGCUGCUCUGGCCUUGGUUUCUCAGCAAGAUAAACCUCUGGUCACAAACAAUCAUACACUUAAUGAUGCUGCCAAUACUCUAGGUAAAUUAGAGAAUAGCUCCCAGUGCCCCGGGUCAGCAUCUGCAUCUAUUGAUACUCCUCUGGAGCGAAGGCAGGAAAUUUCUCAAUCCGUUAAUUCCGCUUUUUCUGCAGCUGAUUCAGUUGACCAUGUGAUGGGGGAGCACAGAAAUAGAACAACAUCUAAUGAAGAUUCUUCUGAAAAACACAAGGACUAUGAAGCGGGAUCCACAAAUGUAUCAAACAAUGAAAAUAUAAUGAGUUCUAUGCAAGUCUUGAACUGUGAUAAGCAAGACUUUCAGUCAAGUUACACUUUGACUACGGAUGAUGUUCCUUUCAGUGACAGUUUCUUUAUGAAAGAUGAACUUUUGCAAGGAAAUGGUCUUUCCUGGGUAGUAUCUGAUAUGGUGGACAUGGAAAAUCAAAGGGGAAGUCAAACUAACAUAGAGCAGAGACUGGAACCUGAGGAAAUAGGUGGAGGUUGUAAGGAAUCGGUCGCUUUACCUGAACAUUUAGCGUUAAGGAUAGAAGAAGAACUCUUCAAAUUGUUUGGAGGUGUGAAUAAGAAGUACAAAGAGAAGGGGAGGUCUCUUUUAUUCAAUUUGAAAGAUCGCAACAAUCCUGAACUAAGAGAAAGGGUUAUGUUUGGUCAAAUUCCUCCAGAACAAUUGUGUUCCAUGACUGCAGAGGAACUUGCUUCAAAAGAGCUUUCCCAAUGGCGGAUAGCCAAGGCUGAGGAGCUUGCUCAAAUGGUGGUUUUACCUGAUUCUGAUGGUGAUAUUAGACGUUUGGUUAAGAAAACGCAUAAAGGUGAAUUUCAAGUGGAAGUUGAACAUGAAGACAAUGUGUCAGUGGAGGAGGUUUCUGGUGGCACAAUGUCAGUUGCUCGAAGCCAAACAAAUAAAAAUGAUGUGGAAGCCGGCUCUUCUCCUUCCAAGCCUGAUGUGGUCAAAGGUGAUGUGAACACUGAUGGUGAUAAGAGCAAUUUACAAAAUGAUAAUCCAUUUUCCAUUACCAUUUCUUCCAAUGAUGGGGCUGAUCCAAUGCAAGAGCUUAUGACAGAUGAUGCAUUGAAGGACCCUGACUUUCUUCCGCCAAUUGUCUCUCUUGAUGAAUUCAUGGAAUCCCUUCAUUUUGAGCCACCAUUUGAAAAUUUACCAGAAGAUUCUGGAAAAGUGACACGUAUCUCAGACAAGAAUGAUUCUGAGGUUGGAUCUAAAUCUCAAUCUUCUGAUUUAGCUCCAAGUGAGAAAGUUGAUGUAACCCGUGAUAAGUCUGAGAAGUUUCAGAGCACAUGUGUAAAUGCAGAUGUUGAAGAGGAAAAAAGGGUUAAUGCAGAAUCUGGGGCCAUUUCUUCUGAUACAAGAUACGGUGAAAAGCAAGCUGGCAUGAAGUCGACGGAUGAUCGUGCCAAGGAAAGGUCCAUUGAUGACAUGAAGUCUGCUUCCGGUGAUGCUGAGUUGAGACCCAGUCAGCUUCUUGCAGAAGAGAGAUAUGGCAAUAAUAAUUCGUAUUCGAAAACUGCAAUCCUCACUAAGGGUGAAUGCCUCUGGGAGGGAAUGCUUCAACCCAAUAUGUCUACCACUAGUUCAGUCGUAAGCAUCUAUAAAAGUGGUGAGAAAACUUCAGUGAAAGACUGGCCUGGGUUUCUUGAGAUCAAGGGAAGGGUUCGACUUGAUGCAUUUGGGAAAUUUCUGCAAGAGCUUCAACAUUCAAGAAGUCGUGCUAUCAUGGUUUUACAUUUUGUUUCCAGAGGGUCUUCGCCCGACGAGCAUGCAACACUCCGUGAGGUGGCUGAAUCGUACAUUUCAGACGAGAGAGUGGGAUUUGCCGAGCCUGUCCAUGGAGUUGAACUUUACUUUUGCCCACCUCAUAAAAAAACAGCUGAAAUGCUUAGCAAGAUACUUCCAAAGGAACAAAUUGAGGCUGUUAAUUCUAUUGAUAAUGGCCUAAUUGGUAUUAUUGUAUGGAGGAAAACUAAUUUAACUACGUCUAUAUCACCCACCACUUCAUCACACCACAAACAUAGCUCUAAAAGGCAACACUUCAAUAGGAGACAGCAAGAUACAAAUGUAAAUGCCAAUUCCACUCAAAAAGCAGUGCCCCCUACGGGCUUUAAGCCCACCGAGACUGGACCCCCAUCUGAUGGUGAUGAUGAUAUUCCUCCCGGAUUUGGGCCUGCACCGGCCCGAGUUGAGGAUGACCUCCCAGAGUUCAAUUUCUCUGGCAGUUCAAAUCCGUCAUCACACUUGGUCCAAAAACCUAUGGGACCAGGAUCGGUCCCAUUUCACUCGGUUAGCCAAGUUCCAUCGCGUCCUGUAGAACAAAUGAGGGAGCUUGUACAGAGAUAUGGGCAAAACAAAGCAAAUGUAUCUUCAGUAAACUGGCAGGAUAAGUUUGGGGCAACAAUUCAACCCUGGAAUGAUGAUGAUGAUGAUAUACCUGAAUGGCAGCCUCAAACCUCACAUAAUCAGUUUCCUCCCCAUCAGACAAUGCACAACAUUCAUGUUAGACCUCACAUCCUGAAUCAAUCAUUUGCGGGUUCACCCCAUCAGUCAAUUAUGUCAACGCAAUAUAUGCAUGCCCCUAUGAAUGUAACGCGUGGCCAACGAAAUUUUGACCCUCAUUUGGGUCCUUCUCCCCGUGGAAACAAUAUACAGCCAAGUGGUGGGCACCCCUAUGGGACACCCGAACAAGGCACUACCUGGUCUCAGUAUGUGUCUAGAAGUAGGGGAUUUUAGUUACUUUCAGUUUAAAGUUUAGUUCCUUUUUUUUUUUAGUAAUGUCUUUAACAUUUGUAGCCAUGUAAGUUUAUGAUAAAGUGACAUGCUGUUUCUUAGGCAUCAAUAUCUUGUAGAGCAAACGAAUGACUUAAUUUUCUCCUGUUUUAGUUUGCCAACAUUACGUGUUCCGGUGAAUAAAUA